GGGUUAGAAAGAACCCCAGCUUUCUUAGCUGUCAAAUGGAGAAAAUGUCACAUCCUGCCUAAGCUAGCAGUUUUUUUAAAAAACUCAAUUAGCAUAUCUGAAAGCACUUUAUCAACUAUACCCUGCUGUGUUUUUUGAAGCAAUGCUGUUCAUAUUGUUUCUAUCUCUUCGAGCUGCUUCAAGCCAUCCUUGGUUCCAAAGUGAGAGUGUGAUAGGCCACCCUGGAAGGAAGGAGAUGUUAGCAAACCCCUGUAAAGUCCGAUGCAUGGUUGGAAGAACAAGGCAGUCAUUUUUCUCUGAAAGGAAAAGGCAGCAUCUGCUCAUCUGUUCACAGAGAACAUUCCAUUAAUUACAGCCCAGCCUGGGACAUUCUUCACUUCCCUUCACUUCCCCUCUGGGAGCCCCUUUCACCACCCCUGCAUCUUGCUUCAGGCGAUGCCCGAGAGGGAGCUGUGGCCAGCAGGGCCUGGCCUGGAACCCACGACCCGCGUCGGCAGCUGCGACAGUAUGAUGAGCACCACCUCCACCCGCUCUGGAUCUAGUGACAGCAGCUACGAUUUCCUGUCCGCUGAAGAGAAGGAGUGUCUGCUCUUCCUGGAGGAAACCAUUGGCUCCCUGGACACUGAGGCUGACAGCGGGCUGUCCACUGACGAGUCUGAGCAAGCCACAACUCCCCGAGGUCCCCGAGCACUGCCCACGACGCAGCCUGCCCCCCAGGGACAUCCCAAGGAGACAACUGGCCAAGGACCAGAGCCAAAAAGAGUGACUCCGUUCAGCUCAGCUCAUCCACCCGGGCCGCAAAGCCUGGGCCUCAGGUCUGGCUCCUAUAGCCUCCCCAGAAAUAUCCACAUCGGCAGAAACCAGAACCUCAGAAAAAGCACCACCCCGACUAACAGCCAUAAUCCAGGGGGAUCCGAGGGACCUGUCUCGGCACCUGAGACAGAGCGGGUCAGCCAGAGCCGUGAGCCCAGCCAGGCACUGGCCGCGCCCCCAGACGCUGCCCUUGAGCUGGACGGAGCGCUCAUCCCCCCACCGGAGGCUUUCCAGGACAUCCAGCCCGAGCAGCGUGGGCAAGGCAGCCUGCCCAGAGGACCAGGGGAGCUGAGCCCCAGGCCCCAGGUCCACCCAUCACUUAGCUCCCAGAGAAACAGGAAGCCCUCUCCAGAGGCCAUGUCCCAGAAAGCCAGUGAGAAAGGUUCAACCGGGGAACCUGCGCCACCUCGGCCUCUUCCCCUGGUGUCCUCUCAGGAUGCAGGCACUGGAGAUGCGGCCGUCCUGUCAGGGGGCCAUCCGAGUGCCCGGCCGGCCCCCCUCACGGCCCCUAAGCCCCGGAAACUGCCACCAAACAUUGUCCUGAAGAGCAGCCGAGGCAGUCUCCACAGCGACCCCCGGAACCGGCUGUCCUGCCGCUCGGAGGCUGCACCCGGGGACCCCAGCCCCGCCUCGUCCUCGCUGCAGGAGCAGAGGAAGGCACGCAGGGAAGCGCUGGAGAAGCUGGGGCUGCCGCAGGACCAGGAGGAGCCCAGCCUCCGCUUAAGCAGGCCCUCCAUCAGGCUCAAGGAGACUGGCACUCAGGCCGAGUCCCCGGCCCCCGCUCAGGUCCCCGGAAGGGCCCCGGCCCCUGCACCCAAGCAGGGCCCUCCUCCCGGGAAAGCACCAGCUCUGGCCCAACCGCCUUCUCCAGGCAAGGUUCUGGUUCCCACCCAGGAACCCACUCCAGGGACAGCUCCAGCUGCCAAAUCCAUGCCAAUUCCUGUCCCAGAGGGCCCGCGGGCACACAGUCCCCUGACUCAGCAAAAGCCAGACUCCGGGCUGACCCUCCAGGAGAGUGGCGUCCCUGGCCUCAGACAGAUGAGCUUCAAGUCCAACACCCUGGAGCGGUCAGGCAUUGGGCUGAGCAGCUACCUCUCAGCCGAGAAGGCUCCCAGCCCCCAAACCAGCACCUCUCUGGAAAAAGGCUCCUGCCUGGACCGGAUCUCGCCCAGCAUCUUGCGUAAUUCCCGGCCACGCCCGGCCUCCCUGGGCACUGGGAAGGACUUUGAGGGUAUCCAGGUGGGCAAGCUGGCUGACCUGGAGCAGGAGGGGGCCCCCAAGCGCCUGUCUCACCAGGGGCAGAGCCGAGGCAAGCUGCCCCGGCCCCCCUGGGUCAGUGUCAGGAUCUCCCCAAAGGGAGCGUCAGAUGAACACAGAAGGGAGGCGCUGAAGAAGCUGGGCCUGCUGAAGGAGUAGGCCGCUGGCCACCAGCCCCACCCGCACAGCCCCUCCCCGCACCCCACUGCUCAGGCUGGGACCCAGAGCGUGACUCAGGAGCUGCACGGGGUCAGCUCCUCUCCAGUGGUCUCCUCUCGCUGGGGGAGAGACUGGACCACACAUUUAUAUUCAGAGCAGCUGUGCCAAUGAAAGUGAAGCCGCUCAGUCGUGUCCGACUCUUUGCAACCCCGUGGACUGCACCCCGGAGGAGACUACAGGCUCCUCCAUCCAUGGGAUUCUCCAGGCAAGAGUACUGGAGUGGGUUACCAUUGCCUUCUCCAGGGGAUCUUCCUGACCCAGGGAUUGAACCUGGGUCUCCUGCAUUGCAGUGCCUGUGCAAAUGGCUGUGUGUGUGUGUGUGUGUGUGUGUGUGUGUGUAUUAUAGGCUGUAUAUAUCACUGAUGCUAUUUAUAUGACACAAGAAGUCAUUGCUCAGAAUUCUGCUCUGGUUGAAAAUUUUCUUAUGUCGGGUAGAGUUCAGCCUAGAACUGAGUGGAGAGGCAUGGCUGAGCCUGAGAAAAAUAGUCAAAUGAGACAGUAGAUGUACCUGUGACAUUAGGCAAAUGCAGGGUCACGUGAAAUGUGGUGCCCCCAGAAUGCCUGCAGUGGAUGGAGACUGGCUCAGCCCUUGCUGGAGUCCCCUCUCGCUUCAGGCCUUCUGGACAGGGGCCCACAGCCAAGGAGUCUGUUUGUGGCCCUCUCACACUGUCCUUAGUCCCAAGGAUCAGACACAUCCUGACACUCUUGUUGGUCUGUGGAGGCGGGAUGAAUGUCUACACAUCACACUUCCCCUGGGAAGGGUCUUGUCCUUGGGCUUGUUAAACUCAGUAAUAAACUACGACAGGCCCUGACUCCGAGAUCCCUGUUUUUCCUGCUCUGGAUCUCCCAUCUGCACAGGACUGAAGCCAGGGCUGGGUCAACAGUGAGUUAGGAACUCAAGCCUAGAGACAUUGUAAAUACUGAGAAACUCUUGAAAGCCUUUGUCUACAUGAUUGCAAGUUAUUUUUUGAUUUCCUCAAUUCCUAUGGAAAAUCAGCACAUUACAUUCUCUGCUAAUUAUUUAUUUAUAGACUGUCAGAGCUGGGAGGGGCCAUAGAGACACUCUAAUCCAGUCCUUUUAGGGAAGGGAAGUGACUCAUCAUGGUCACUGUGCCAUUAGUGACAGAGCUGAGAUCAGAGCUGGGGCUCCCAUUUCCACCCACACUGCAGACCCCUCCCCUCCCCUUGUCCAUCCACACAGCACCCUCAGGACCGGCAGUCACCAGCAGAAGUCUAACCUGAAAGGUCUUUAAGCUCUAAAGUGUAUUCUGAAACAGCAGAGAUUAAAUGUUCAGGAUCAUAUUUAGUAUUGUGGCUUCUUAUUUAAUUUGGGAAAGUAGCCGUCUAAUAACUCAUAUGAAUCCCAAAUUCCCUGACCAAGUCGUGCAACUUGCAAAUACGCCAGAGGGUACUGUGGGUAGGCGGUGUGGGCUUACGAAUACAAGCUUGAAGAUCGGACGUAGCUGGACAUAGCCCCUGCUUCCCCUUAGGAAAUAAAUACUGUUCAGAGACA